CUUAUAUUGGUGGUCAGUGGGAAGAAUGUUCCUUACAUUGAAGGUCAUCAUUGGGAAAAAUGUCCCUUACAUUGGUGGUCAGUGGGAAGAACAUUCCUUAUAUUGGUGGCCAGUGGGAAGAAUGUUCCUUACAUUCGUGGUCAGUAGGAAGAUUGCCCUUUACUUCAGUAGUCAGUGGCAAGAAUACCCUUACAUUGGUGGUCAGUGGGAAGAACACUCUUUAUAUUGGUGGUCAGUGGGAAGAAUGUUCCUCACAUGGGUGAUCAGUGGGAAGAACACUCCUUAUAUUAGUGGUCAGUGGGGGGAUUGCCUCUUACAUUGGGGGUCAGUGGAAGAAUGCUCUUUACAUUAGUAGUCGUUGAGAAGAAUGCUCCUUAUAUUG